GUUUAGUUAGGGGCGAAUCGAUUUGCAAGAAUGGCGCGGCCAAUUUUCGUUGGAAACUUUCAGCAGGAGACGAGGCAUUCGGAGUUGGAGCGCUUGUUCAGAAAGUACGGACGGGUGGAGCGAGUUGACAUGAAAUCUGGAACUCUUACUAAGGAAAUUUGAGCUUCUAUCUGGGCUCGCCAACAUUUGUAGUGGCUUGGAAACUUUCUUGCUUGUCUGCUCUCCUUCUCCUUCCACUCACAGAUGGAAUCAUCCUGUAUUUUCUUCACUCGAUCAUCUGUCACUCACCCACCUCACCGCCCUAACUAUGCAUUUCAAAAGAGUGGUCGUGAUGAUCUCAGUCAAUUUACUAUGCCUUGUCUACCACUACUGAUAAUAGGAGGAUGAAUUGAAAUCUGUCUUGCCAUGCCUUCCAUUUCUGAACUAGUGCUAUCUGAAUGGUGAAGCAUGCUUAGCAAUGACAUCUCAGCGUGAAACUUUGGAUUUUAAACUCUUAAAUGCCAACAUCUUCACUUAGUUCAUCAUGCAACGCUUCCACAAUCUACAUCCCUAUGUGCAUCAGCCCAUCAAAUAUUCUACAGGGUUUGCUUUUGUUUAUUUCGAGGACGACCGUGAUGCUGCAGAUGCUAUACAUGGACUUGACAAUAUACCUUUCGGUUAUCACAGGCGCAGGCUUUCUGUUGAGUGGGCUAGGGGUGAACGUGGUCGGCAUCGAGAUGGACCAAGGUUGACAGUGAACCAGAGGCCAACUAAAACCCUGUUUGUUAUUAAUUUCGAUCCAAUUCAUACAAGGGUUGAGGACAUAAAAAGACACUUUGAGCGUUACGGAGAGGUUCUUCAUGUCAGAAUUCGACGGAACUUUGCAUUUGUGCAGUUUGAGACACAAGAAGAUGCUACCAAAGCUCUUCAGUGCACGCACAUGACCAAGAUAUUGGACAGGGUGGUUUCUGUUGAGUAUGCUUUGAAAGAUGACAGUGAGAGGGGUGACAGAUAUGAUAGUCCUCGAAGAGGAAGUUAUGAUGGGAGGUCGCCGAGUCCAGCUCAUCACAGGCGGCCAAAUCCUGAUUAUGGUCGAGGUCACAGCCCUGUUUAUGAUAAGUACAAUGGUCCAGUGCAUGACAGGCGCCGAAGUCCUGAUUAUGGUAGGAACAGAAGCUCUGAGUAUGGCAGACACCGCAGUCGAUCACCAGUUUGAAGAUCAAGAACACGAGGAAUGAUGGAAGCUUUCUGCUUGUUUCACUGCACCAUCUCUUGUGUAAUUGCAAUAGCUUAAGAUCUGUAGAAAAGUGCAUAUUGGCAUAGUAUAUGUAGUUUCUUCUCCAGUGUAGAUUUCAUGGAUUUACAAUUUGGGGCACUUGUCUAUUUUAUAUCAAAGUAGAGAUAUUGGUCGAA